GUUAUAGUAAACAGAAUAAUUUCAACGAUUAAAGCAUUUAAUUAUAAUUUACGUUGAUUCCUUAAAAGAAUUUAUAAUCAAAGUCUGUUGCCAAUUAUGAAGAAAUUCUGAUACCAUUCAAUACCAUGACAAAUAAUGCGGUAGGAGUAUGCGCGAAAGUUGAUCACUCUGUGCGUACGCAAGUUAAACAUGUUUGUUUAUAGUUGAUAUUUGUCCCGAUAACAUUAAACAUGAUGGAUUACGAAUUUAAAAUGAAAACUCAGAAAGAUCGAACGAAGGUUGAAGAUCUUUUCGAGUUCGAAGGGUGUAAAGUUGGAAGAGGGACCUAUGGACACGUCUAUAAAGCUCGUAGGAAGGAAGGUGUACCAGAUAGUGAAUUAAAAUCUAGGCCAGAUACUAAGGAUUUUGGCCUGAAACAAAUUGAAGGUACAGGUCUUUCAAUGUCUGCGUGUCGUGAAAUUGCAUUACUUAGGGAACUAAAACAUGUUAAUGUGAUUACUUUAAUUAGAGUUUUCUUGUCUCAUAAUGAUCGCAAAGUAUGGUUAUUGUUUGAUUUUGCGGAACACGACUUAUGGCACAUAAUAAAAUUUCAUAGAGCAGCAAAAGCUAAUAAAAAACCUGUUAUGGUGCCAAAGGGUAUGGUAAAGUCCUUAUUGUAUCAGAUUCUUGAUGGUAUUCAUUAUCUACAUUCCAACUGGGUGCUUCAUAGGGAUUUGAAACCAGCAAACAUUUUAGUAAUGGGAGAAGGAAAUGAGAGAGGUCGUGUAAAAAUUGCAGAUAUGGGUUUUGCUAGAUUAUUUAAUGCUCCUUUGAAGCCUCUUGCAGAUUUAGAUCCAGUUGUAGUAACCUUUUGGUAUAGAGCACCGGAGUUACUUUUAGGUGCUAGACAUUACACAAAAGCUAUAGACAUCUGGGCUAUCGGUUGUAUAUUCGCGGAACUAUUAACAUCUGAACCCAUAUUUCAUUGUAGACAGGAAGAUAUUAAAACUAGUAAUCCAUAUCAUCAUGAUCAACUGGAUAGGAUAUUCAAUGUGAUGGGAUUUCCCUUAGAAAAGGAUUGGGAGGAUAUUAAGAAAAUGCCCGAACAUCCCACGUUAUUAAAAGAUUUUAAAAGAUCAAAUUACGCAAACUGUUCUCUCACAAAAUAUAUGGAUCGGCACAAAAUUAAACCCGACAGCAAGGCAUUUAAUUUGCUUCAAAAACUAUUAAUGAUGGAUCCUAAUAAACGAAUAACGUCGGAACAUUCUAUGCAAGACGCCUACUUUCAAGAGGAACCACUGCCAACUCAGGAUAUAUUUGCUGGAUGCCCUAUUCCCUACCCCAAGCGGGAAUUCCUAACGGAUGAUGACACAGAGGAAAAGACUGAAAACAAAGCGCGACAAAAUCAACAACAAACGCAGCAGAACCAACAGCAGCAAGGAAACGGUGACCAUAAUCACGGACAAAACCCAAAACGUGUAAGGCUCAACGGACCACACGGAGCUCCAGAAUUCCAUCAGCAUCAGAGCCACGCGAUGACCCAUCAACAGCCGCCCGGAAUGGUUUACUCUACUGCUCAGCCAACGCAACCGUCGAAUUUUCAUCAACGUUUUUAAGUGACUCUAAAAAGAAAGGACUUGUCGAUCGAAUAAUUCAAUUACUAGUUUACUAAUUUAAUUAAUUUCUAUAUCUGAUUAACGAAUUAACGAGGAGGUCAAUGAUUCCUGUAUAUUCCAUUAAAGUAUGAUAGUACAACUUUAUUUAUAUAUAACAUGUACAUAUAUUUGGAAAUAUUCUUUAACAAUGAUAUCAAGUUGGUAACGAUAACGCGUAGUAGGCUCAACGUGUCUAGAAUUUAAUGUACAUCGUGUAAUACGGGUGACUGAGAACCGAUAUCUACAAAUUCUAAUACAAAUUUAUCGAAUGUCAAAUUUAUUCAACAUUUCGCGCAAUCAUGCAUAGAUAUUAACAAUAGAAUUUCAAAUUUUUCUAUGCGGGGGUUUGCGAUUACAAUCUCUAUGUUCCUAAGAAUUCAAGUUUGUAUUUACUAAAUGAAAAAAACAGAACUUUUAAAUGAUAAGAAACGGUAAUCGCGAGAUGAAACAUAGAGAUAGAUAGAUAGAGAGUGAGAAAAAC